AUGGGGGUAAAAGGCUUAUGGUCAAUAGUAUCUCCUGCUGGAAUUCGUGUAAAUCCAGAAAUUCUGACAGGGAAACGAAUAGCUAUAGAUGUAAGUAUAUGGUUGUAUGAAUUGACUUAUGCUAAUAAUUUAAAAGUUCUUAAAAAUAAUUCUUUUGAUAAUUUGAGUAUUUUUAAUGAUUUAUGGCUAGAUUUUUCACAAAAUAUAAAUAAUGAAAUAAGAACUGAUAACUUAAAAAAAGCUCACUUGUAUUUCUUUUUUUUAAGAAUAUGUAAAUUACUUUAUUAUAAUAUCAGACCUAUUUUUAUUUUUGAUGGAAAUCCUCCUGAUUUAAAAAAAAAAACAAUAUUUCAAAGAAACUUAAAAAAGAGAAAUCAUGAAGAGAAAUUUAGAAAAAUUGCAGAAAAACUCAUUUAUAAUUAUUACCAAAGAAAUAUAUUAAAAUCAUUAAAAAAUAAAAAGAGUAUCUCAAAAAAGAAAAAGGAUAAAGAGAAAAAUAUUUUACAUAAUAAGAAAGUAUCUAAUACUCUAAAAAAUAAUUCAUUAAAAAAUUGUGGAAUUAUAGAUCAUGAUAAUUCUCUAAAUAAUAUAGUAGAAAAGGUUGGGAAUGUUACUGUAAGUAUGAAGGAUAUUUUAAAUUUUUGUAGUGAUGAUUUAUUUAGAAUAGAAAGUAAAAUUCUUAUGAUGCCAUAUUCAAAUACUAUUACUCAUGAAAAUAACAAAAAUGAUGAAUUGAAUAAAAAUGAAUUAAAAAAUGAUGAAAAAAAGAAAAAAUAUAUGAUAAAUGAUAAAGAUAAAGAUGAGGGUGAAAACGAAUCAGUUGAUAGUUGUAAAGAAAAUUCUAUUAUUAAAAAAAAUAAAAUAAAUAAUAUUGAUAAUGAUAUAAAUGAGGAAAUAGUAAGAAAAAAGUAUAUUGCUAAAAAAAAAUAUUAUGAAAGCAUUCCGAAAAAUUUUAAAGGUUUUUUAUCUAUGAGAAGACCUGUAGAUAUUAUUGAUAUAAAUAGUUAUAAUACUGAUAUUUUAGAGUAUACGGAAAAAUUAAAGCAGGCCGAGGAAAAAUAUAACAAAAUGUAUACAGAAGAUACUUUAUUAAGAAGUGAUUUUAAUUCAUCAAACAAUUCCAAUUUGGUAUCAAAAGAUGAAAAAGAAAAUUAUAUGUAUGGAAGCAAAGUUAAUAAUAGUUAUGAUAAUAAUCUCAAAAAAAGUAAUUCAUUGGAUAUAGAAUAUUUAGCAUCGUCUAAUGAUGAUUUUUUAUUAUUAGAGAGUAAGAAGAAUAGUACAUGUAAAAUUGAUGAUAAGGGCAAUGAAAGUGACAUCACAUAUGGAGUAGACCUAAAUAAAAAAGAUAUAAAUAUUUUAGAAUUACCAUCUAAUAUUAAUAGCUCUAAUAUUUUUUUAGAUGGAAAAGAUGAAUAUAAAGUUUAUUAUGUAAAUAAUGAAGAAAUUAAAAUUCCCUUAUUUAAAGAAAUUAAUAAAGAUGUUUUUGAAAAGUUGCCAAUUAAAUUACAGUAUCAAAUUUUGCAAGAUAUUAAAGAAGAAUGGUAUGCAGAUAAUAGAAUAAAAGCAAUAAAAGCAAAAGAUGAUAUGGAUAUUUUCUCACAAGUUCAAUUAGAAACAUAUGUAAGAAUGAUUAAGACUGAUUUUGAAAUUGAAAAAUUAAAAAUUAAAAUGGCAGAAAAUAUACAAAAUACCGAAGGAGAAUUAAUUAUAAACAAAGAGUUAUCAAAAAAUAUGGAAAAUUUAAAUGUUAGAGAUUAUAAUGAUAUUAAAAAAAAAAAAAAAAGAAGAAAAAAAUACUUAAAUGAAAUAUUAAAUAACUGUUACUUUAAUAAUAAUGAUAGCCCUUAUGAUUUAAUGAUUAAAAAUGAAGAAAAGGAAAAAGAAGAAGAAAAAAAUGAUAAAAUAAAAGACUAUAAUAAUGAUGAUAUAGAAGCAUAUGAAAAUAUAGAAAUAAAAAAUAAUAAAAUAAUUAAUAUUCAUAAAAUUGAAGAAGAAAAAAAAAUAAUGAUAAAAGAAGAAAAUAAUUUUAAAAAGGAUUUAUUAAUGGAUGACAAACUAAUUUUUGGUGAUAGUUUUUUUGUUUUAGAAGAUGAAAAUAAAAAUAAAGAAAUAAAUAAUAUAAAAUAUUUAGAUAAAUUGAAUGACAAAAAUAAGGAACAAAUUGAUUAUAUUACUAUUGAAUCAAGUGAUGAGUAUAAAAUAAAUAAAAGAGAUAAUGCUUCUUAUUGGGAAAAAAAUAUUAGUUUAAAAAGAACUGCAAAUAGCAAUACAAAAUAUAAAAUAAAUUAUGAAAGUGAUGAAAUAAAAAAUAAAUUGGAAAAAAUGCAACAAAAGGAAAAUGAAAAAAAUAAUUUUUCUUCUAGUGAUGAUUUUGAAAAUUGUAGUAUAGAGGAAAAAAAUUUUAAUGAAAUAUUAUCUAUGAAUAAAGAUGCUAAAAUGGAUUUAAUAAAUAAUGUUGGAUCAUUCAAAGAGUGCAAUAAGAACAGAGAUGGUAAUUUAAGAAAAUUCCCUAUAAAUGAUUCAUUGACAAACAUUAAUACUGAUUUUUAUACUAAUGAUAAAAUAUUUACUAAAACUAGUAAAUUAGAAAGAAUAUUUAAUAUAAAAGAAGAAGAUCUUAUUAAUAUUAAAAAUUUUAAAACAAAUGAUACCUUUAGCUAUGAACAUAAAAUAAACAAUAAUAUUAAUUUUAUAAAAAAAAAAAAUGAAUCUAAAGAAAAUAGCUCAUGUGAAUUGAACAGGGAUACAAAAAUAAAAGAACCCUUAAGGAAUGAGAUUUUAUUUGAUAAUAUAACUUAUUUAAAAGAAAAUAAAGAUACUGGGGGAGAUGAAGAUGCUUUUUUUUCAGUAGAUGAAGAUAUUAAUGUAUUGAAUGAUAAAGAUAAUGAUCUAUUGAAUGAUAAAAAUAUUAAUGUGUUGAAUGAUGAAGACACUGAUAUAUUGAAUAAUAAGGGUAAUAAAAUGUUGAAUGAUAAAGAUAUUAAUGUGUUGAAUGAUAAAGAUAUUAAUGUGCUGAGUGAUAAAGACAAUGAUAUAUUGAAUAAUAAAGGUAAUAAUAUGUUGAAUGAUAAAGAUGUUAAUGUGUUAAGUGAUAAAGACAAUGAUAUAUUGAAUAAUAAAGAUAAUAAAAUGUUGAAUGAUAAAGAUAUUAAUGUGUUGAAUGAUAAAGAUAUUAGUGUGCUGAGUGAAAAAGACAAUGAUAUAUUGAAUAAUAAAGGUAAUAAUAUGUUGAAUGAUAAAGAUGUUAAUGUGUUAAGUGAUAAAGACAAUGAUAUAUUGAAUAAUAAAGAUAUUAAUGUGUUGAGUGAUAAAGACAAUGAUAUAUUGAAUAAUAAAGAUAAUAAUAUGUUGAAUGAUAAAGAUGAAAAUAUACAGAGUGAUGAAAUUGAAGAUAUACUAAGUUAUAAAAAUGAAAAUAAAUUGAAUGAUAAAGGUGCAAAUAUACUAACUGAUGAAGAUGAAGAUAUAUUGAAUGAUAAAGAUGAAAAUAUACUAAGUGAUGAAGUUGAACAUAUAUCUAAUGAUAAACACCAAAGCAAUGUCAAUGAAAUUAAAAAAAAAGGUAAUAUAAAUAAGUUUAUAAGUAAACAACAUAUAACUAAUAUACUAUUAAAUAAAUGUGAUUUAAAUAAUAUUGGAAAAGAAAACUUUUUUGAACAUUUAUUAAAUAAUAAAGAGAUAAUGGACAAAUUUAGUGCGCAAAUAAAAGAGAAGGAGAAACAGAAAGAAGAUAAAAAUGAUGAGCAUGCCUAUUAUGAAGAUUUAGAAGAUAAUAAAAUUAUUGAUUCUUAUAUAAACGAAGCGAAUAAAGAAAAUGAAGAAUUAACAAAGGAAUAUAAAAAGUUAAAAAAGAAUAAUAUAGAAAUAAAUGAUGAAAUGAAUGAUGAUGUAAAAAUUCUUCUAGACUUUUUUGGUAUUCCUUAUAUUCAAUCUCCAUGCGAAGCAGAAGCUCAGUGCGCAUAUUUAAAUAAUCAAAAUUAUUGCGAUGCAAUUAUAAGUGAUGACUCAGAUGUUUUAGUAUUUAAUGGAAAAACAGUAAUUAAAAAUUUUUUUAAUAGGAGAAAAACAGUCGAAGUAUAUGAAAGAAAAAUAAUAGAAGAUAAGUUAGGUUUGUAUCAAGAAGAAUUAAUUAAUAUAUCUUUAUUAUGUGGUUGUGACUAUACAACGGGGGUUCAUGGUAUAGGUAUUGUUAACUCUUUAGAAAUAAUUAAAGCUUUUCCUACUUUUGAUGAUUUAAAAAAAUUAAAAGAUAUUGUAUCUAAUCCAUUUAAGGAAAUAAAUAAUGAAAACUAUAGUGAAGAAAUUAAAAAUUUUCUCAACACUCACAAAAAUUAUAAAUUAAAUUGGAUAUUCCCAAAUAAUUUUCCAGAUAGAGAAGUGUAUAGAUGUUUCAAAUAUCCUAAGGUUAGUACAAAUAUUAAAAAAUUUCAGUGGUAUUUCCCUAAUAUAAAUAACAUUUCGGAUUUUUUAAAUAAAACAACUAAUAUUCCAAAAGAAAAAAUUUUUAACGUUUUGAAUCCAAUCUUGCAAAAAUAUGAUAUAAAAGUUAGAAGUUAUCAAUUAAAAAUAGAAGAUUUUUUUCCUAUUAUUGAAAGAAAGAGAAAAAAUAUAAAUGAUUUAAUUGAUAAAGUUAGAAAAAAUAAAAAAAAUAAAAAGAAAUCUAAUGGAAAUAUGGAAUUAGAUAAAAAUACAUCAUCUUUGAUUGAUGUUAAUCCGGCAGGGAUAAUUAAGUCAAAGAGAAUGACGCUGGCAUUAGAUUACAUAAAAAAAAGAAAGAGUAAAAAAAAAAAAUAG